CCCCCGGCACCAGUCAGCAACAAAGUAUACCACUCGAACCUACUUGAACAUCAAACCAAUCGUUUACCAACCUCAGUCAAACACCACUCCUUCUGAUCCAGCAUGCCUGUCAUUCCGAUCGCCACUGGAGUCUGGCCGAAAACCAGUGUCAAAGACGUAGCAGAGUCGCUGGGGCUUGGUAAUCUGUCAGAUGAAGCUGCUACGGCACUGGCAGCUGACGUAGAAUUUCGAUUGACCCAAUUGAUUGAAGACAGCAUCAAAUUUAUGAGACAUUCCAAGAGGACGAAUUUAUUGGUUGAGGAUGUGGACUACGCGUUACGUGCGAAAAACAUCGAACCUCUUUGGGGAUUUGCCUCUACAGACACGCUAUCAUUUCGAAGAACAACAUCGGCUGUCGGAAACCUGUAUUUUAUCGAUGAAGAAGAGAUCGACUUGACCAAGGUUUUGACCGCAGAACUACCUCCUAUACCACAAGAAGCUAGUUACACAGCCCAUUGGCUGGCAGUCGAAGGUGUUCAACCGGCAAUACCACAAAACCCCACCCCAGCAGAGCUCAAAUCACAUCCUGCUUUCUCUGGUCUUCAGUCCUCGGCUAUCCCAUCGAGCUCAAAACAGGCACCAGAAACCAAAAAUCUGACUACCAAAGAGCAUUUAUCGCGUGAACUUCGACUAUAUUUCGAUCGCGUUACUGCUGCCGCGCUAUCAAAUGACCAGAGCUCAAGAAAUGCGGCCCUAGCUAGCUUGAGUGGUGACCCUGGUCUCCAUCAACUUGUACCAUAUCUGAUUCAGUUUGCAGCAGAAAAAAUCACCACUACCCUCUCUCACACCGAACCAUCCUUGGAACACCUAAGAGAUGUAUUGCAGAUCCUCGAAUCAAUCCUUUCUAAUCCACACUCAUACCUGGAACCUUAUCUACACCAAAUCCUGCCCUCGAUUCUCACCUGCCUACUCUCAUCCUCAUUCCCAUCUUCACCUGUGACGGAUGAACUUGAGCGAGAAAUCAGAUGUACGGCAGGCUCACUACUCAAGUCACAACUGAAUCGUUAUCAACAUUCCUAUCCGACUUUACGCACACGAAUCUUGAAAACUCUGACUAAAUCCUUGAUCGAUCCUCAGUCUACUGACCGCAAUCAGCUUGGUGCGAUCAUUGGCGUCAAAUAUUUAGGUCUUGAACCUACUAAGACUGUCCUCUCUCAGAACAUCAAGGCAUUUGGAGAAAGCUUGGACCUCGCCUUGAGCGAAGGUAAAGCAGAUCAGAAUCGAGUGGAUAACCUCAUUAGAGAAACUUUGAAAAUCAUGUCUGAAGCUUAUUCGGAAGAACAAAUAUCGAGGAAAACAAAUUCAAAACCCAAGAAAAAGCUGCGCAGUAUUCCCGCCCAGGAUGAACUAGAGGCAGAAGUUGGAGUCCAAUUUGCGGCAAGGUUAAUGUCAACGUCAGAUGAAGAGGAGACAAAACUAGCGUAUACGUUCAUUAAAGAAUCAACACAAACAAGUGAUACAGAGGACAGCGAAGAAGAGGAAGAAAGGAGCGAAAAUGCCCCCGAAGAAGACACGAACAAAAUGGAUAUCGUGGAAGAGAAAACUGAAGCACAACCAGUCGCAGAAACGACUGAAGUUACUGCUGAUUCUCAAGUCGGGCAGGAGAAAGAUGUUGUCACCUCUGACCCCGUGUCAACCGAUCAAACGGCCAACCCAGAGCCUAAAGAGAAUGAGCAAGCAACGACUGAAAACCCUCCAAACGAGGAUUCGACCAUUGAAGACGUCAAAACCAACGACGAUCCAACCUCUUGAGAUAACAGCAACUUGUGUAUUAUUCCCCUCUUUUAUUAGUCGUUUGUUUUUUUAACUGUUCAUCAUCAAUGUUACUUUGUGCGCCCUUAACUCAACUGCUUGUGAUCGACAUGGUGGACAGUAGAUCAGCGCCCUGAGCGUACAUUCUCUCCGACUUGCAUCCCUUAGUUUUAAGCUUAGUUAGCUUUUCUUUUGGGCCACUUGAAAGGGGUCAAUUGGCGAAGAGAAUGUCAGUAAUACGAAUGAUUUGAGGUUCUGUGAAUCUCAGUUCCCAAGAAUGUA